AUUUUUUGGGGGGAUUCGGCACAACCUAGAGUCCAUGUGUGGUACUUAAUAUUUCCUAAGCGUGAAAAUACCGAUCCAUCGACGCUUUGUCAACGAAGCAGUUGCCUGUCAGCUCAGUGCUAUAACUGCUUGAAUGUAGGUUGGAACGGACCAUCUGCAUGGGCUAUAUCUCUCAUCAACCCAGCGGCAAGACAAGGAUCCAAGAAUGGUUUUAGUGCAUGUCGGAUAUCUGGUUCUUCCUGUAUUUGGCUCAGUAAGAAAUAGAGGAUCACACUUUAACCGGCAGCAGCAGCAGCAUAGCCAUGCUACCUCUUGCCGGCACUUCCAGCUAGGCCCCCAGGCCCAGCUGCCCAUUGACUUCCCAAUGCCCCACCCAGGUCAGCCCCAGUCGGGCAUCAACCCCCACCUGGCUCCCCCUGGCCACCAGCAUUCUCCCCAGCUCCACCCGCCCCUCAACCCCAUACCCCCCACACCCCAGUUCCAGGACCUUUCUGCCCCCCCUUUCCUACCUCAGGCCUUACACCAACAGUACCUCCUCCAGCAGCAGAUCCUAGAGACCCAGCACCGGCGCAUCAUGCCACCUUCCAGGUAUGGGGACCUGGUUUCUGGCUAUCCCCACAGACUGCGGCCGGGUUACGAGUUUGCUCCCGCCCUCCACAUCCCCCCACAGCCUGCGGCCCAGCAGCCUCGCUACCUGGCUGAAGGCACAGACUGGGAUUUGAGUGUGGACGCGGGGCUCCCUCCUCCUCAGUACCACGUCCGCCCACUGCCCCAGCACUACCAUCACUACCUGACAUCUCCCAGGAUGCAUCACUUCCCCAGGAACAAUGCCUCCACCCAAGUGGUUGUCCAUGAGAUCAGAAACUACCCGUAUCCUCAGUUACACCUGCUGGCCCUGCAGGGCCUCAACCCCUCCCGCCACGCAUCCGCUGUGAGAGAGAGCUAUGAGGAGCUACUGCAGCUGGAGGACAGGUUGGGCAGUGUGAACCGGGGGGCUGUCCAGACCACUAUUGAAAGGUUUACCUACCCUCACAAAUACAAGAAGAGGAUACCUCAGGACCUUAAGCUAGGGCUGGUGGAUGAGGAAUUGGAUACAGAUGAGAAGUGUACCAUCUGUCUAUCAAUGCUGGAGGAUGGAGAGGAUGUCAGGAGAUUACCCUGCAUGCACCUCUUCCACCAGGCGUGUGUGGACCAGUGGCUGGCCACCAGUAGGAAAUGCCCCAUAUGCAGGGUGGACAUUGAGACCCAGCUGGCACCAGACAGCUGAUGCCUCCUUUCCCUGCCCCCAUCUUGUAAAACCCCACCUCAUCCCUAGGGGGAGCUCUGCCAAACGUCCCCCUUCCCAUCUGCAUCACAUAUGAGCCUGCCUUCUGAGCCAGCUGAAGAAGACAAUGAACGGGAGGGGAGGUGAGAGGGAUUAACAAAGCACACUGAUCCAAACAAUAGAGAAACAAAAGAGAUGGAUGGAUGGGUGGAUGGAUGAAGAAGAGAGGCAGAAGGGUGCCAGAAUGUAUGGACAGAUUUGCAGGGCCUCCAUCAGGGUUUUGCACCGUAGCAUUAGCUUCUCCAUACACUCAGAGAUGAGAUCCUCCAUUAAACCCCCUAGCGAGUGUGUGUGUUGUGUUGUUGGGUUUGUAUAUAGGCCUAUUCUCUACCGCUGAUGUGUACUGGUCUCACUCCCUCUUGAUGAAACCCAAAACACUGAGCUCUAGCUACAGCACAUCUGUGCGAAACAUGACAAGAUAUGAAAUCAGCAGGGGGGUGUUUCUUGAAAUGAGCUUCUGUGGCCUAAUACAUAUUGUGUUAUGGAGUGUAGUAUUCUUGUUAUUGAUCACCAGUAUUUAACAGGGUGACAGUGUGGUGUAGCAAGCAAAAAUCCCACUUUAAGAAAUAAGGUGGGGAAAAAAUACAAAAUGGGGAAAUACUCUUCUUUAAAAGAGGGUAAUAGGCGUACAGGCAGCCUUUAGGCAAUGAGGAAGUGCUAGCUAUGUACAAAGGCCAAUCAAUAGGUGGAUUUCCAGUACAAUAGAUCUCUGCUAUCACAGUGGAUGCUAGAGAUGCUAACCAGGCAUGGCUUCAGUGGUUUGUAUUGUGCUGUAUUGGGGCCUCUACCCUAGAACUGAGGCCCCAGAUAUGCAUGCUGUAUGGCAGGCUUGGGCUGUCUUGUGAUUGUGGAGCAGUAGGAAGUCUGCGCAGGAUGACGUUUAUUGUCAUGAGUCUUGUCCUGGAGGCAGAACUCAGCGAUUUCCUCUAGACGGAACAGCUGCAAAGUCAGAAUUGGCUAUAUUGUAAAAAUUCAUUAAAACAAUUUUAGGUUAGGGUUAGCAGUGUGGUUAGGUUUAAAAUCAGAUUAUAUGACUUUGUGGCUGUGCCAGCUAGUGACCACUCUGCAGAGCUGCCUCCAGAACAAGAUUCAUAACGGGGGAAAAAACUGAAAAGUCUGCAGUAUCUCUGCAUGUGAACCAUACACGGUAUGACUCUCUCCCUCAUCCAUGGAGCAGGAUGAAGUUUCCCUUAUAUGCGGAUCUUAGGUCAGUGUUGCGUCUCCCCUCCUAAUAAUUAAGAUUAGAAUUGGUGGAGAGGAACGCUGAUUAUAGAACUGUGCCUAUGGGCAACUUCUGCUCACAUCCUCAUCCAUAGCACGAUCUUUAAGGCUGGCAUUGGCUGGAGGAUGCAGUGUCUGUGUAUUGUCUUUAGAGUGAAUACAAUGUAGUUAUUUUCUAACAUACACUACCAUUUAAAGUUUGGAGUCACUUAGAAAUAUCCUUGUUUUUGAAAGAAAAGCA